UGCUGUUGCCAGGAACCAAAUAAGGAAAUGACGUGCUGCAUGUGCUGCGAUGGUCCCGCAGAGAAAACUGAAGCCCAGAAACCGGGACGGGGUUUACGAGGUGUAGAGGAGGGUGUGGGGCUUGAAGCGGACUGUAACUGAGAUGCUUUUGGGAAACCUGCCCUGGUUCAUCAUGGACAUCAUGUGCCUCUAAUGCUCCCAGUCAGAGGACCAGUAUCCUCCAGGAGUGGUUAGAGAAGCAUUCUGGAUGGGUGACAUAGCAAGGAAUGAGGCCACCUUCUACUCCAAUGCUGAGGACUACUGGAGGGAGGUUCCCCCCACGGUGGAUGGCAUGCUGGGAGGCUACGGCAGCAUCUCCAACAUCGAUAUCAAUGGAUCCAAAGCUUUCCUGCAGAAGUUCCUCGGUGAAGGGGAGGGGAAGACGGGUUCAGGCUGCGCUCUGGACUGUGGAGCCGGCAUCGGCAGGAUCACCAAGCGCUUACUGCUGCCUCUGUUCAAAACGGUGGAUCUGGUGGACGUGACGCAGGAGUUCCUGGACCAAGCCAAGACGUACCUGGGAGAGGACGGCAAGAGAGUGGGCAAUUACUUCUGCAGCGGCCUGCAGGAGUUUGUACCAGAGGACGGACGCUAUGAUGUCAUCUGGAUCCAGUGGGUCAUCGGCCACCUGACAGACGACCACCUGGUGGAGUUCCUGCGCCGCUGCCAUAAAGCCCUGCGGCCCAACGGCCUCAUCGUCAUCAAGGACAAUGUGUCGUACGAGGGCGUGGUGCCGGACGAGGUGGACAGCAGCGUCUGCCGCGACCUGGAAAUAGUUCGCAGUCUGGUGGGCAGAGCAGGUCUGCGCAUCCACCACGAGGAGCAACAAGUCAACUUCCCAAAGGAGAUCUACCAAGUCCACACACUGGCUCUCAGAUAGAACUGCUCCUCCUUGUAUACAAAGUAUUUCUAAUAUGGAAAGGAUGUUUUUCUAGUCAGCAGUCCAUUUAUUAUCUGUUUAGAAGCAAUCUGCAGUUUGACGUGUUUGUGGAGUGUGUGUGUGUGUUGUUCAUUUCAAGCAUCAGUGUUCUGCUCUGUGCUUACUGUCGGCUCAUCUCAUCUGGACUUCCUGGCCUUACAUACUGUAACUCUACCAGGCUACAAACUGCAGCAUCACUCCUACAGACAGUUUACAGCUUAUGAUCGCUCGGCUCAAUAUUUAUUUUUUUACACAUGUUGGAAGCUCAACAUCAUAUGAUUUUCAGUGUGAUUGAACAUAAGGAUAAUGUGACUGUACCUUAUGUUGGAUAUCCACUGGAUGCAGCUGCAUCAAAUGAAUCUUUUUAAUAUAGUUUAGAGUUCGCAGCUCAUGUCUGAUCGAUGUGGAUCAUUUUGUGGCUGUGAUUUUAAUUACUGUGUUUCUAUCUGUAUUUCCUGAACAGUGUAUAUUAGCAAAAAGCUGAAAUGAUCAAUUAAUUGAUUAGACAACAGAAAAAUAACCUGCAACUAUCUUGAUAAUCAA